ACAAUUUAAUGCAAACAGAUAUGCGUGACAUAACCUCAAACUAGAGCGCUGACACGGAACAGUAGCAAACUAUCAAAAUCAAGGAGGCCAUAAAAGCGUCCUACAAUUGUAGGAACGACUGACGAUACACGGCCCUUAGUCUUCCUACCACCUAAACAUAAUCAGCAACCCAUGUUUACCAUAUUUUACCAUUGUACCGUUUUUAUUCAUUGCAGCUCAAAAUGUCGCAUCUCAACGCUCUAACGAUAUGCGGUGUCCGAUUGUUCAGCCCCGAAGAGAAUCAGAAAGUGCUGUUCAGCACUCCAGUGACAUUAUUCUUAGGGGAAAAUUGUUCCGGUAAAACUACCAUCAUAGAGUGCAUCCAAUAUGCGCUUACCGGAGAAAUACCUGCAGGGAUUAACAAUGGCCAGGGAUUCUUGAACGAUCGUGACAUGACGCAUGUUACUAAAGGUAACGUUAAAUUAAAGUACACGGACAAUAUCGGCAACGUCAUCACGGUAUCCAGGUUCAUGCAGGUUCAGAAAAAAGAUGACGGAAAGAUGCAGUUCAGGAGCUUGGAUGUGAAUAUAAGAAAACAUGCACCUGAUGGAGAGACAAAUGAUAUAUCGGGCAGAUGCGUGGAUGCCGAUAACUUCUGUUGCAACUCUCUAGGCGUUUCCAAAUCCAUACUGAACAACGUCUUAUUCUGUCAUCAAGAGAACAGUUACUGGCCUUUAGAUGAACCGAAGAAACUCAAGGAAAAAUUUGAUGAGAUCUUCGCUGCCGUGAAAUAUAAUAAAUAUAUAGACUUCGUGAGAAAGGACAUCAAGAAUAGAAAACAAAAAAUUAAGGGUUUUCAAAGAAAGGUCGAAACCCGAAGAAUAAUAAAGGACGAAGUUGAAAAAUGCCGAGCCAAAUUUGAAGCAAGGCAAAUUGAAUUGAAUGGAAUACAGAACAGCAUACAAGAAAAGAGCGAUGAGAUAAAACGGUUAGAAGACAGGAGGAACGAAAUAUGUGACCUGAAGGAGUCCAUUGGUUCGUUACAAAGAAAUUUGAUACAGAAGCAAACCGAAAGCAAAGGGUUACAAGGCCAGCAGGGGAUCUUAUUGAAGAAAAUAACACUUGUGUUUGAAGGAACAGACGAUGAUCUACAAAACCGAAUUAAGUCCUUUAAGCAGUUACAGCAAGUUGAAGAGGAUAAUAUUAAACAAUUAGAACAGAAAAAUAAAGAAAUUAUUGCCGAAAAUAACACUGUCGGUGUAGCUAUACAGAAAAUCCAAAUGAAGAUAGGGGAACUGAAGGAAAAGCAAAAGCAGCAUAGCAACAAACAACAGAAAGUUAAAGUACUAGUGGAAAAGUUGAGAAAUAAACUAGACAUUAACAGAAAUUUUGACUGGGAGAGUACUGAAGAAAUUGCUGAUGAACUUGAGAGUGCGAUACAAAAACUAGAGGUGGAAUACGCGAAACUCGUCAGAGAUAAGGAAGAAGAAGAAAAUGAAUUACAAAACCAACUUGACACGGCUAGAGAAAAAUUUGGUAGCGUUAGACAAAUAAGAAAGUCAAAGAAAGUAUUGGUGAGGGAAUAUGGUGGACAAGCUAGAGACAUCAGAUAUCAAUUAGACCAACUACGUUCAUCUGAUUCGCAACUAAAAAUAGUUGGUGACAAAAUCGAAAAAUUACAAACCACUUUAUCAUCUUUAAAAAGCAGUUUUAGUGAGCGGGAUAAAAAUAUUGAGAUAGAUAAGCUCAAGGGAGCUAUAGAUGCUAAAGAACAGUCUCUUGAAAAGCUGGAACGAGAACAUAGAAUUCUUCAACAAAACUACCGCCAUGAGCAGAAGCUUGAACGCAAAAUCGCAGCAGUUGCUGAGAAAGAAAUGGAAAUUAACAAGAUCAAAUCAAAACAUGCUUCGAAUUUUAAACUAUUAUUUGAUGAUGAUACCCCUGGCAGCAAUUUCAAAUGGUCUGUUCAACGAAUUCAAAAUGAAGAAGAAGCGAAGUGUAAACUCAAACCUAUUAGCGAAGAAAUCGAGACGUUGACUAACAGAAAGAUACCUGAGCUAGAAGAGGAAGUUAAAAAGCUCGAGGAGGAGUACAACGAGAAGCAAAUGGAACUUGCUUCGGAUAAGGCUCAACUAGAACUCCCUCAAAAGAAAGUUGAAGUCUGUAAAAAUGUUAUAAGUGAUGCAACGCUUCUGGAUAGGUACAUUGAUGAGAUCAAGAGCUCCAAGGAAAAUAUAGAAAAGUAUCGAUCACAAAUAGUGACAGUGCCAUCAGAAAGAUCUCGAGAGGAAGCUGAAGCUGAAAUUGAUGCUGGAAAAGCUGAGCUCAGCAAUUUGAAGCACCAAUACGAGUCUUGUAAGAAAAUGUUGGAUCAACACCGAGAACGCUGUCAGCAACUAAAUGAUCAAAUUCAAAAGGAAACUAAAAAGCAGUUGGAUAUACAAAAGUUGCUACAAGAAAGGCCCAUGUUGGAGACACAGCUUAAAGAGUUUGAGGAAAAAUUGUCAGCUUUAAAGUCCGAAUUAGAAGAGCUUGAAGAUCAAGUAAGAGAGUGUAAUAAGCAACUCAACACAGCUAUUGAGGAGAGACAGUCGGUGGUGAAGAAGAAUAACAAGUUGAAAAACGAGGAAAACUUGAAAAUCAAUGCUAACAAAACACUUUUAGCAGACAUUAAAAAGUUGUACAACGCUAUAGAAACGUAUGUUAGGAAUAACACUGAAGGAGAGUUAGAUCUGACAGUUGAAAAACUGGCUAAGUUGAAAAUAAAAGAAAAAGAUUUAGAUGACCAAAAGAAUGCUAUAAUCGAUUCUAUCUCGACAACGAAACAAAACCUGGCUAAGAAAGAAACCGAAUAUAGAAACUUGACUGAUAAUGUCACAUUAAGGGAACUGAAAGUAUCCGAAAAAAAGCUCAUUGACGAAAUAAGAGAUCUCGAGAAUAACAUCAAAGGAUUCAACUAUAGAUCUCUGAGGACUGAAAAGAUAGAGAUUGACAAGAAGCUUGAAAAGGCCCACAGGGAAAUCAAUACUUUGACAGGAAAACAAGAAGAAGUUGAAAGAGCGAUUAAAGAGUUCCAAGUUGAUUUAAAAAAACCAGAAAAAAAAGACGCAUAUAAGAAUUACCUGAAGCAGUACCACGAACUAGUAGUUGAAGAGCAUAUGGUCGAAGAUCUGGGUACGUAUAUAAACGUUUUGGAGAAAUGUGUGUUGAAAUUCCUUGAAGACCGCAUGGUUCAUAUAAAUAGGAUCAUCAAAGAACUGUGGAGAGAAACAUACAAAGGGAACGACAUAGACUAUAUUGAGAUCCAAACAAACGAGGACAUGCAAGGUGGUGGGUUAAAUAAGAGAAGGACGUAUAACUACAAGGUGGUUCAAGUUGAGAACACGAUAGAAUUAGAAAUGAGAGGAAGAUGUAGCGCGGGGCAAAAAGCCUUAGCGUGUCUCAUUAUCAGGAUAGCCUUGGCCGAGGCUUUCAGUUCUCACUGCAGGAUUUUGGCGUUAGAUGAACCGACCACUUACUUAGAUAAAAAGAACAUCAUCAGUUUGAGCGAUACAUUAUCUAAUUUGGUGCUGGCAAAAAACUUCCAAUUGUUGGUGCUUACUCAUAACGAGGAAUUCUUAUCCGGACUUACCAGGUCUUUGGAUACCGACGGUUACUGGGAAGUUAAAAGGAACCGUAGUGGCUUCUCAACGGUCGAGAGGCGUAUAUUGUAGGUUAUUUUUUGAUUUGCUUGUUACUUUCAGAUCUGGAGAAACAAUUGUAACCUGAACCACUCGAAUAGUUAUGAUACAAUGUAAUAAUUCCUAACAAACUGAAGUAACUCUUAUGUGUAGGAAUUUGCAAAACGUGAGGACCACACUUUAUGAAAAGAUAUCAACUGAGGUCAAAGAAUAAUCCGGAUCUUGCUGGUCCACAUUUUCAAUUCCCCCUUUGAGUAAUUCCAAAAGAUGAUGUUUCUCUCCGACCAUUUUUUUUUCUGAUUUCUGAACAAAGGUCCUUAGCAACUUUUCUCUGGAGUUAGUCGGUUUCGAAGUGUAAAAAAAUCUAAAAAUGGAAUCUCCAACGAUUAAAAAUUCGGUUAAAAAUCAUCAUUUUUGUGGUUUAAAUCCGUUCACAUUUUGCAAAUUCAAUCCAGCCUGAUCUAUUACUUCUGUUUGGAAUUAAGUGAUUUUUUUAUGUUAAACUCAUCAGUUCUGUUAUCUCUUGUUUUUUCUGUUGAUUAAUAAGUCACUCGUUUAAAUUAUUUUUUAUUAUAUGUGAAACUAUUUUUAUUUUCUAAUAUUGUUACCAGAAUCUCCAAAUAAGGAAGUUGUUAUUUUUCUAUGAAUACCAUAUUUAUAAGGUUCUUAUGUGAAUACUUCAAUUCACGGCUUUACUAUUUAUUUUGUUUUGUUUCCAAAUUACUUCAGUAUUUUGGCAUUCCAAGAAUUUAACUUUUUGUUUAUAUGCAUUAAAGUGAGAAAUAAAUAAGACGCAAAGUAUAUAAAUGAUUUUUAUUAAUAUUUAAAAUAAUAUCAACAAUUUUCGUUUCAAAUAUGGAAUACUUUUGCGCUUACGGGUUUGUUUGAAUAUCAUCAAUUCCUCUUCUGUCGUUAGAAGGUUAGUAUAGGCCCCUCACGAUGAUCAAGGAUAUCUAUAUGAAAAACAAAAUGUAUCAGUGAUUGAAAUUGUCGCAGUUGCACAAUCUUGUAAAAAUCACUGUCACGUUUUUCUCGAGCGUCUUUUUAACAUUUUUUUAUUAGCUUGACCUGUAUGUAUGUAAAGGAAUCUUUCAGCCUAAUUUACACCAACUAGAAGAAGCCUGAUUAAUUUGAAAAUUUCCACAGGUAUCAAGGGCAGUACAAUAAUCUUGUGGAAAAAAUCAAAUCUGAAAAUUUUCAACAAAUUUGAGAGGAAAAAAACUUAGUUUUGAAAAUUUGGAUAAUAAUUUGAAAAAAAAUCUGGAAAUUUAAAUUUGUCAAAUAUAAAAUAUACCAAAAAUCGAAGCUCUUGAUUAUAAGGACUUUGUGAUUUUGAGACCAAAAAUUCACAGAAUAAGUUAUAGCUUAAAAACGCUUUAAUAGCAAAUCUAAC